AUGUCCCAGGAGCGGCCUGAACCGCCUUUGGGAGCGGACUCUCCAGAAGAGCUCAUUGCCCACGUUACCAACAACCCAUCUAACUGGCUGUUAUACUUGCGCCAUAUCAAUGGCUACGCUGCCGCCUUGAAGGAAAAGAACGAUUUCUUCCGCCUCGCUGAAUCUGACCACGAUAACUCCCUCCAACCCGCUACGGAGUUCCUGACUUCUUCGAUUACCCAGAAAUGCUUGGCCUACCUGGAGAACGCCUUUAGAGACCCCGACCGUAUUCAGAAUGCCCAGAAUAAGCUAUACCAGCUGAAGCAGAGGAACCAGGACUUCAGCAUCUUCUUCUCUGAAUUUCAAUGCCUGGCCCUCGAAGGAGAGAUGCCCGAGGACGCCCUGACCCCAUUGUUGUUCCAAGGCAUAUCUCGCGAACUUCAGGAUAUGCUCCUACACAGCCCGACCCCGUCCCGGAGAUACAGAGACUACGCCAACCACCUGCAAGCCCUAGAUAACCGCUUCCGCCAAUACCAACAGCAAGUCUCCCGAAACCGUGUCGUCACUUCUGCCAAAACCCCUGCCAGUUAUGCCGCUGCUGUUGUCCCCCGCCAACCUGCUGCCACGAGCCCGAACCAGCCCAAGAGAGAAUAA